AGCAGUGGGUGGAGGCAGCGCUGAGGGAUAAUUCAGUAAAAAUAGAUGGGCCAAUAGAGACAGGGCUGAUACUAAGGUAAAGGAGAUGAGGAUGAAGUAUACGCAGAAAAAGGGACAACUUCAGUGUCAAAACAUUAAAAGGAUUUAAGACAGACUUUCAAGACUCUACUGGGAGGCAGAGACAUGGAAAUGAUUUCUGACACAAAAUCAGGUCAGUUUUUCAUGUGACAGGACCAUCUCACAUUCAUUCCAUUGCUUUGUGUUUACCUGUUAAGAGUGCCACAGAUUAGCUGUUGCACUGGACCUGCUGAGGAAAACACAGAGCCGGAGGAGGGGCACCAGGAGGAGACGGGCGGCUGCCAGGUCCAGCAGGAAGCUUGAACACAGGCUCCGUGGCGUGAUGAGGACAGCGCGGCGGGCCAGCAAUGUGGAGGUGCCCUCCUUCCUCCGCCAGCUGGUUAGAGAGACGGAGAAGAUGGUGACUUUCUUCUUCAAAGGGGGGUCAAGGGAAAGAGGGCCUGAGGAGGAGGACAGUUUGGAUGAUGAGGACUCGAUGCCUAGCCCGUACCUGGACCGUCCGAUUUUAGAGAAGCAUGUGUCAGAGGGGGGUUCUCAGUCGGGGCUGAACUACGCCGUGGCGAGUAUGCAGGGCUGGAGGGCUCAGAUGGAGGACGCCCACACCUGCAUGCCCGAGCUGAGGAACGAGCUGACAGAGUGGGGAUACUUCGCUGUGUUUGAUGGACAUGCAGGCACCACAGUGGCACAGUACUGCUCCAGGAAUCUGCUGGAUCACAUCCUGGCAACAGGUGGUAUUCAGGCAACCGAGGACCCUGAGCAGGUGAAGGAGGCGGUCCGUGAGGGCUUCUUGGACAUUGAUCGCCACAUGCACAAACUCGCUCGCCAGGACAAUUGGGAUCGCAGUGGUUCCACUGCAGCAGCCGUAAUGAUUUCACCACGAUACAUUUACUUCAUCAACUGUGGUGACUCCCGCACCUUGCUCUGCCAAAACGGCCACGUGGUCUUCUACACGGAGGACCACAAGCCAUUCAACCCCCGAGAGAAGGAGCGUAUCCAAAAUGCUGGAGGUUCAGUGACCCUACAGAGAGUCAACGGCUCCUUGGCCGUUUCCAGGGCGCUGGGGGACUUUGACUUCAAGGAGGUGGACUGGAGACCCCAGACUGAGCAGCUAGUGUCACCAGAGCCAGAGGUGUAUGAAAUGGAGAGGACGCCUGAAGAUGAGUUCCUGAUUCUGGCCUGUGACGGCGUGUGGGACGCCAUUGGAAAUGAGGAACUGUGUGCCUUUGUGCGCAGCCGUCUGCAGGUGUGCGAUGACCUGAGAGAGAUCUGUACUCAGGUCAUUGAUCUUUGCCUCUACAAGGGCAGCUUGGACAACAUCAGCAUCAUCAUCAUCUGCUUCCCUGGGGCCCCUCAAGUAUCCCAAGAGGCCCUGCAGCAGGAGGCAGAGCUGGAGCGACAGAUUGACAUGAAAGUAGAAGAAAUAAUUCAGAUGAUGAGAUCCAGAGAUGAAGACCCGGAUCUUUUGUAUGUGAUUAAAUUCCUGGCGUCAGAAGAAAUGCCGGGGCUUCCACCAGGAGGAGGCAUCACCAGCAAGCGAGAGUGUAUCAUUUCUGCUUAUCAGAAACACAUCAUGGGCAUAAGAAAUCAGGAGCCAAUGGACAUUGAAGGAUCAGAGGAGGACUCAAACUGAAACCCCGCCCAUGGAAAAAAAAAAAGUCUCCUCAUCUCCAUGGAAACCUGCUUGAAGGAGAAACAUUAGAUGAGCAUGAGCACUACACUAAUGAUGAAUCUUUAUGUUGUAUUUUCUCUUUGAUAGAGAUGAUUUCACUGAGAUGGUGGGUCUGGCAAAUAAAAAUGAAAGAUGAUUCCAAUGU